AUGGACGAUGACGAGGCUAACGCUGAGGAUCAGGAGAAUCGGGACACUACGAAUCAAGUGGAUUACGACGUCAGCUUUGAUGAUAAUUCUGACCAAUACUCCAUUGAAGCUCUCGACGAUGAUUGUGACCCUCUGAUUCUUCCUUUGGGUCAUGAUGACGCUGCAGGAAACUCAUACACAAAUGGAGGAAAACCUGACGAGCCUGCGAAAAGUACGGGCAAAAGCGAAAGGAAACAUAAUUUAUCGCUGUGUGGAUCAUUCUUCAAGCGUAGGUUUGUUGGAGAAACAUCCGGUAGCUUGAUAGCUUCAAAAAUACUGUAUGGUGAUACAGUAGAGGAGAUUCUGCAAAGUGUGUGGACAAUUGUGAAGCCAAUCAUUUGUCGUGAAGUUAUUUUCAUCGAGGAUAAUGGAAGUCAGGUUCCUACCUGGGCUGAUAGUGAACCAUCGUAUGAGGAUUUGCAGAAAUUCGUUUAUAUGCAGAAUAAGAAUCGGAGACAUUCCAAUCGGAGACGAAUAAACAUUGACCAAAUUGACAGCAAACUGCUGAUUAGCUGGAACACGAAGGACAUACGAGUGCAUGUACACAUCUACUCAACGGCUGUAUCGUGCAAGCAACUGUGGGAUUUGGUCAACAAACAAUUGGUGCAGUUUCAGGAUACUGAUCGAGCGGGUGCUCCCAACAACCAGUCUCUCUCCGUGUUGGCUAAUGAGCUUCGAGAGUUGCAUGGAAGACAGUUUACGGGUCACGCUAGCGCGUGGAAGCUGUGGGCAAAUUACAUCCACACGGCUCCAGCACACGAACGGGAACGAAGAAUGGCAGAGUUACCUCCGUACUCCAUAAUUAAGUUCUUCAGGUCUGUACCUAUUUCCGAAGCUGUGCAGCUGGAAAGUACUCUAAAUGGGCUAUCUGUUGCCAGCACCAUCAAUGACGCAUUUUCAACGGAGCUAACAGUAUUGGAAGAAGAGGCCGACCAAUUGAUUGCACUGGGACAGAGGGUAAAGCACCGCAUUAGUGCACUGCGGGCUCGAUCAUCGAUCAAUUCGAGUCUAGUUUCAGCAAUGCAGGACUCUAUCAGACCAGAGGAGAAUGAAGUAAGCCGUUCCCUUGCAGAAAACGUUUCGGAUAUGUAUGAUAUUAAUCAUUCGUGA